CAGCAUAAUAGAGACAUUAAAACAAAGUUUAAAUGUACGACGACAGCGACGAAAGUUCGCCUUUUGUGAUGCUUUCAUCGCCCACAAAAUCAUGGCCUGCCAGUUACGGCAAGAAAAACGGCAUGUGGUAUGCAUCGCCUGGCAAUCAGGGUUGGGGCUCAAAACCCGUCAGUCGUAAGCCUUCAAUAAUGGAAGCGGAUUUGGGCACAUUAUCGACCACAUCAGGUUCGAUAAAACGUAGUGCCGGACGUGUGAUACGCAUUAUUAAUAAUUUGGACCAUUCCGUGCAGUGUCGCGUUCUGCUUAAUUUACGCACUUCCCAACCAUUUGAAGAUGUCCUAGAAGAUUUGGGUCAAGUGUUGAAAAUUAAUGGCGCAAGAAAAAUGUACACCGGCACGGGUCAAGAGGUGCGCAGCUUUUCGCAACUACGUAAUGAGUUCGCCGAUGUAGACACUUUUUACUUAGCUACUGGUAAUGCAUUAAUCGCUGGUUCUCCAAUAAGACGUUCACGUUCAAGGCCUUCUGUAGUAGCUGCUGCACCCAUAUUACCGAAUGAGGAUCUGCCUAAAGUUCCACUACGUGGCGCAAGACCACGUAGUAAAAGUCGUCCACGCAUACUUUAUGCACCAGAAAGUGAAAUCUUACGUUCGAAUGGUGAAUAUACAAUGUUAGAUAUUAUGAAAGAGGAACCAACUAAAGUAACUAUACGUGGUUUACGUCGCACAUUUUACCCGCCUGUACAUCAUGCACCGGCGGAUAAUUCACCGCCAGAUAAAAAAAUGCAGCUACAAUGGGUUCACGGUUACCGAGGUAUUGAUGCGAGACGUAAUCUUUGGGUCUUACCAUCUGGGGAAUUGCUUUAUUAUGUAGCCGCUGUAGCUGUGUUGCUCGAUCGUGAUGAAGAUGCGCAGCGUCAUUAUAUUGGACAUACAGAAGAUAUCAUGUGCAUGGAUGUGCAUCCAUCAAGAGAACUUGUUGCAUCCGGACAGAAAGCAGGUCGAGAUCGUAAAUCACAAGCGCACGUACGCAUAUGGAGUACUGAAUCUUUACAAACCUUAUAUGUGUUCGGAAUGGGUGAAUUGGACAGUGGAGUUACUGCCGUAGCAUUUUCACAAUUGAACGGUGGUAGUUACAUUUUAGCUGUGGAUAGUGGACGUGAAAGCAUACUAUCUGUUUGGCAAUGGCAAUGGGGACAUCUAUUAGGAAAAGUAGCUACAUUGCAAGAAGGUUUGUCGGGAGCAGCUUUUCAUCCAUUAGAUGAUAAUCUUAUUAUAACACAUGGACGUGGUCAUUUGGCUUUUUGGCAUAGACGUAAAGAUGGUUUCUUUGAGCGUACCGAUAUAGUGAAACAGCCCUCACGUUCUCAUGUCACAAGCGUUCAAUUUGAACCGGAUGGCGAUGUAAUCACUGCUGAUUCGGAUGGUUUUAUAACAAUCUAUUCAGUCGACUCUGAUGGUGCUUAUUUUGUGCGUACCGAAUUUGAAGCACAUAACAAAGGUAUUGGUUGUCUCAUCAUGCUGGGAGAGGGUACUUUAUUAUCAGGUGGUGAAAAAGAUCGAAAAAUCGCUGCAUGGGACUCACUGCAAAAUUAUAAAAAAAUUGCCGAUACAAAGCUGCCGGAGUCUGCUGGUGGCGUACGCACUAUUUAUCCCCAACGUCCGGGCCGGAAUGACGGCAAUAUAUACGUUGGCACCACACGUAACAAUAUCCUUGAGGGCUCUUUACAACGGCGAUUCACACAAGUUGUUUUCGGACACGGGCGUCAAUUGUGGGGUUUGGCCGCACAUCCUGAAGACGAGCUUUACGCUACCGCUGGCCAUGACAAACACAUCGCCUUGUGGCGUAAAAAUAAACUUAUUUGGAGCAUACAAACGGGCUAUGAAUGCGUUUCGUUAGCAUUUCAUCCAUUUGGUACCGCUCUGGCUGCUGGCAGCACUGAGGGUCAUUUACUUGUAAUAAAUUGUGAAAAUGGUUCGGUGAUGUUGACAUUGCGAGUGUGCGGUUCACCGUUAAAUUGUGUUGCCUACAAUCAAGUUGGUGACAUGAUCGCAAUGGGCUCACAAAAUGGUAGCAUUUAUCUUUUCCGUGUCUCUCGAGAUGGUUUCUCAUACAAAAAAGUGAAUAAAAUUCGUGGCUCACAACCGUUAACGCAUUUGGAUUGGAGUAUGGAUGGCAAUUAUGUACAAACAGUAACAAUUGAUUUCGAUUUACUUUUCUGGGAUGCAAAGUCACUCUCACCAGAGCGCAGUCCCAUUGCCAUGAAAGACGUUAAAUGGUUAACAAGCAACUGUACAGUCGGCUUUUUGGUUGCUGGUAUGUGGAGCAAUCGCUAUUACAGCAACACUACUUCGAUUAUAGCCACUUGCAGUCGUUCAUCUACACAGGAUAUGCUAGUUUCAGGCGAUGCAGAUGGUUAUUUACGUUUGUUUAGAUAUCCAUGCAUUAGUCCACGUGCAGAGUUUCAUGAAUCAAAGGUGUACUCUGGUAUGCUUGCAUGCGCACGUUUCCUUUACGGGGAUCAAACAGUUGUUACAGUGGGUGGCACAGACGCUUCCCUCAUGGUCUGGGAUCUUGUUGAGGAAUAGCUGAAAUGGCCACCGUGGCGACCCGCUGCACAACAUGAGGCGCGCUAUAAUGACUAUUGGCAUAGACGUUUCUCGAAAGCGUCGUCAACCGGCUUAGAUAGUGACUCCAACGAAUAUCAAUAGCUGAAAUUGAAUGUGCUCUAGUUCUUAAUAGCAAUGACCUUAGUAUAAGCGCAGCUUUUUAUAUAAUCAGAUCUAAAAUAAAUCGAAGAGGCAUUAUUUUUUGUCUAUUUUGUUAUAGAAAUUAUCAAA